GUACUAGUCUACAAGACAUGCUAACACAAAACCAAACACUGAAAUACCUUGAGAUUAAUAGAUUUAGGGAUUUCGACGGUUUAUUGAAUGACACUCAAAUUCCCAUUCCCAGUUCAUUCCUGUCCUUCCUAACAACUGGUCUCAGACACAACACCAGUCUACAACAGUUGAGUGUAUCCAUUCCACUGAAUAAAGAGAUAAGAACUUUUAUUAAUGUCAUUUCUCAAAAAAACAACCUCACAGAACUUGAAGUGGACUUCACACCAGAUCAGGCAUACAGUAAUUCUAGUAGGGAAAAGAAGAAACAAAUAAUGACAUUAUUGUUUUAUGAACAGGUACUACCUGCUGUUACUAAUAUGUUAGAGUCACAUACAACCAUCAAACUACUGAAGAUAGAGUGUGAAGAUAUUAUUUAUUCAUCUCAACCUAACUGGAUAGAACUAGUACAACAUUUAUGUGAAACUAUCUUCAUCCAUUCAUCGCUUGAAUAUAUUGAGAUUGAUACAGGAUUUGUUUGGCUCAUAAAGCAUACUUUUGAAAACCAAAGAAAGACAUUGAUUGAUAGACACAAAAAGGAACAACCACACAAACCACUACCAAUAUUGAAUAUAAAACAAACUACUGUGAGCAGUGAUGAAGUAUUUUUUGUGGAUAAACAGUCUUGCUCCUUUGAUAAACUGCACUAUCUAAGAGCUGUAAAUGUCAUAAAAGAUAUGAUGUUACAAGUUGAACUGAAUGAUCAGCAAUUGAUAAAUUUAGAAGCCUAUGGAAUAAAAAUUAACCUGCUCAAGAAAUAUUUACGUGUAAGUUCAUCAGAAAAAAUGCAAGUGACUGCACUUGCAGGUGGAAAGUUCAUGUUUCCAAAAAACACAAUUCUUGUUAGUGCAGUAUAUGCUGUAUCUACAUCCAUUCCUACACCAAUGAGACUAGAGUUACAGCAUUGUAUUGAUCUAAUAAAUCAACCUGAUAUGAGACGCUAUCUUAGAUUUGCCAUUGCUUCAAUAGACAGUAGUUCUCCUUAUAAUUUUUUAUUACAAGAAGGAGACUUCAAGUCUGACAGUUGGUAUGGGUCUUUUAAUUUUACUACAAACUGUUUCAUAUGCAUAUUGGGACUGAAACAAGUGCCUAUUGAUCUGAGUGUAGGCCAACAAGGAAGUCAGGAGCAGCCAAAUCUACUAGUUCAAGAAGAAUCUCAACAAGAUGAGCUACAGCAGCCUGGAGGAAAACAGGAACAAGAGGGUGGAGCUUGCAGGAAACCUAGGCCUCAAGGACUUGGUCCUGCAGGACCAAAAGAUGGAAGAAAGAAAAACGAUGAUAAAAAAUUACAUAAAAAGGACAGACCUUCAUCUACUGAGAAGCCAGAUCUUUUUACUCAAGCUACUGGAAUAGACAAGUCCCAAACCUUUGCAGGACAGUUAUAUUAUGAAAGAAAAGAUGUAAGAGAUUCAGUUAAAUUUUUUGCUGUUAAAAAUUUAAAAGCCCUCCGUCAGCAUGUGAAGGAAGAGUAUCCUGAAUGGGAAGAAGGACAGGGUUUUCGCUUUAAGUUUAAAGAGGAAUACAUUGAAUUAGUGUUUGAUGACACUAAUCAAAAAUAUUCAAUAAAAGGCUGGUGUAUUAGGCCUCUUAUAGAUCCUUGUACAUUGUAUCAAAGUGAUGUGGAAAAUUUUGGUGGCGAUGAUCAUACUAUGCUUCCAUUAUGUCUCAUAACAGUAGAAGCUUCACCUGAAGCUAAAGGAACAUUAUGUUAUGGUGUACCAGUAAUGGGUGCAGAAAGAAAAAUAACAAUAUACAUUGAAUGUUAUCUAAAAACUACAAAUGAUGUUACCAGACCAGCUGGCUCAGGGGCUAGGACAGAUUUUGCUGCUUCAACUGAAAGACAAGAAAUUUUGAAUUGUAAUGAUCAUAAGAAUAGAAUAGUGACUGAGUUGGAUAAUUAUGGAUUUUCAAAGGGUGACUGGGAAAAACUUGGGCAACAUCUCAACGUGAAUUCUACUCGCUUAAAUGAUAUUAAAACUGAUCAUGGCAGAGAAGCAAACACUUGUGUGAACUUGUGUAUAGAAGCAUGGCUAAAAACUGGUAAAGCAACAUAUGGAACAUUGAUUGAAGCUCUUAAUGGAAUGGGAGAAAAUGCAGUAGCUAAUGAAAUAAUAAAAGCUAAUAAUAUAAAAAAUAUUUCUUGAUCCCCUAGCUAUAAUAAAUUGAUAUUGACUUAAUUAUUUUAUUUUAGGUAAUAGCCAAUCUUAGUUAUUAUUACUAGUGUUUUGAACAAUUAAU